CAGCAUUUGAUCCGCAGUCUACUUUUUCCAUGAUAUCAAAGAAAAACUAAUAGCUCCUAAAAUUCAGGUUAGUUGUUUCUUUAUCAACUAGUACAAAAGUAUACUUUGAAUCUUAAAACUGUUUAUCUCAUAUAUAUCUAUACAAAAGAGUUGUUCUAUAUAUCUUACAAACUAUAAAUGCUGCCAAUGAGGGCUAGAAUCCUUUUGGGGAUAUAAAUUUGUUGGUGUAACACUAAAGCAUAAUGAAGUUAUAGCUUCUGUUUUAGUCAUCCUAAAGUUGUCUCUCCGUUACAAUACAAAGCUAAAUGGCAUCCACAUACCUCUUCUCCAGCUGGUUGUUCUUUUCAUCGAACACGGUAUUAAUGACUGUCACCGUUUACGUUUUCGAAGUGUUGCCUCUUCCGUCUUCUUUCUCAUUCUUUGCAUUCCUUACGGGCGUUUAAAUUGAAGGGGAGCUUGUUUUAAAAGAUACGUAGUAAAAAGCUAGUUGGUGAACAACAUUUAUAAGGUUCUGAAAGUUUUUUUUUAUACUUUUUUUCAUUCCUAAAGAUGCAUUUGUUCUACAUGGUAAACUAUUUUUUUUCCCCACAUGCCUCAAAUGUUUCUCCUUGUUUGCAGCUUGAUUGCCUUGUGUGUAGUUAUUGUUUCCGGUUUAUUGGCUCCAUUGAACAUCAAAUUGGGAGGCAGGUUUGCUGGAAAAAAAUUGUUGAUUAAACAGAUGAGGGUGGAAGGGAAAAAAGUUCACAUAAAAAGAGAAUGUUGGGACUCUAAUCAUUCUGAUGAAGAAGAUUGUUCUGAUACAGAAAAUCUGGAGGAGAAAGGGGGAUGUUUGUCCAGCAGUUCCAAUCCCAAAGUAAGCAUCUCUAAGGAUCUGGUUCAAACAUUAAUGAAUGGUGAUAUUCAGCUACCAUAUUCAGAACUAUUUCCCUUGCCCCCAAUUGUUUCAUGUCUUGGGGGAUGCGAAUAAGAAACCUAUUAUUGCAGGUCCAAAUUUUCAUGUUUUCUCAUAAUAGUUUCAAAUCGAUAAUAAUAUGAAAAUGCUAUUGGAGGCUUCAGGAAGAAUUAAUAAAUUUCUUUUAUCC